ACCGUGGGUAGGUUGUCGCGCUCAACCUACCAGUGUAACUCAGAAUCAGAGACUGUCAGAGCAUUUCGAACCGCACAAGCAAAUUGUCAUGGGGAACACCAAUACGCACUUCCUGCAGCGCCGCUCACGACUCGCCCUGGCGCUGGUGAUUGUGUUUCUCGGCCGCAAAGCUCUCGGACGCUCCAUCCUCUCGUUCCUCAUGCGUUUGCGCUCUGCCGAGACGCCACGAUUGGUGUACCGAGCCACGGACGGCAACAAGAAGCUUCUGUCACACUGUCCUACCAUCACGAAAAGCAAAUAUUAUCCACCAUGGCGCCUAUUUAACGGACACCUCCAGACUGUGCGCUUUGCCUACGAUGAACGUGGACCCAAUAUCAACUACAAACGCCAGUUGAUGAAGUUACCCGACGGCGGCGUUGUGUCAUUGGAUUGGGCACUUUUGCAUGACCAAAAUGUACCCAAUCAGGUGACGGAUCUCAAUUCAUCCGGUUCAUCUUCAUGGCUGCCGGAUGUGGAGCCCACGCGACGUACAGUGAUCCUGUUGCCGGGACUCACUGGCGGUAGUCCGGAGAAUUAUAUUCGCAGUACCAUUGCGAGGUUGCAUGAGUUGGGUUGGCAGUGUGUGGUGCUGAACGCAAGAGGAUGCGCUAACACGCCUGUGACCACAGCCCAACUCUUUUGCAGCGCGUACACUGGUGAUCUCCGCUACGUGUUGCAACAAUUGAGUGAAAAAUACCAUUUCACACAAGAAGCAUUCGUCGGAGUUGGUUUUUCGAUGGGAUCCAAUGUGCUAGUCAAAUAUUUGGGCGAAGAUGGAGACCAAACGCCGUUGACAGGUGCAAUUUCGGUUGGAAACCCUUUCGACUUGACUAUCUGCUCGGCCAACUUCGGUGGUUCACUGUUCAACCGCAUGACGUAUGAUAAGGCACUCAACAACAACCUUCGCGAGCUCUUCUUCAACAAGUGCGAUGCAGCGAAGCAGUUUGAGAAUUAUCCAGGCGUGGAUUUGGAGGCUAUUAAGGCCACUCGCACUGUGCGAGACUUUGACGACACACUUACCAAGUAUGUUUUCCACUAUGACACAGUGGACGACUACUACAACGACGCGGGGUCUGUGAAGAAGCUGAGUGGAGUGAGAGUGCCGUUGCUCUGCAUUAAUGCCGAGGACGACCCUAUCAGUAUCAGCUCCGCUCUACCCAAGGACGACGAGGUCGAAGCCAACCCGAAUAUUAUUCUUUGCACGACUAAGUCGGGUGGUCAUUUGGCUUUCUACGAGAGCUCCCUCAAGGCUGAAGACAAUGAAAAUGGCAAAAAGGGAAGCAAAAGCCUAUCAAAUAUGUGGACGGUGAACCCCAUCGCCGAAUUCGCAGAGGCUGUACGUCUGAAUAAAGUGGAAGCCGCUGCCUAAAUGGCACCAAUUGUGCAAAACCUUGUACUAAAAGGGUCUAAAUCGGCAAAAGAAUAAUAACCAAAAUUAAGAUCAC